UGCGCUGCCUGCCGUGGUCCCUGAGUCUCGUUCAAAUAAACGGCCGAUCUGUGAACUGCCGCAAGCCGAAGAAGAAGAAGAAGUAGGCGUCGGAGGAAACGUCGGCGGCGGAGGAUGAGAUGAGGUGGAAGCGCGCAGGCCGAGAAGAUCCCUGGCUCCUUCUUUCUCUACCGUUUCUGCUGCUGCUCGUCAUCUUCCCCCUCGCCGACUCCUGCUCCGGCCGUAAUGGCCACGCGCAGAGGCUGCGACAGCUCCUACAGGCCACUGGAGUCGACGAUUUCGCUUCCUUCCCCAACCCCCGCCUCCGAGACGCCUACAUUGGCCUCCAGGCUUGGAAGCUCGCCAUCAUCUCCGACCCAAAAAACCUGACGGCCAACUGGGUAGGCCCCGCUGUCUGCAACUACACGUACGUCUUCUGUUCUUCCCUACCCUCCGAUCCAAGCGGCACUGUCGUCGCCGGUGUCGAUCUCAACCACGGCGACAUCGCCGGCUUCAUCCCCUCCCAGAUCGGUCUACUCUACGACCUCGCGCUCAUCCACAUCAACUCCAACCGCUUCUGCGGCACCCUGCCCCGCUCCCUCCGCCGUCUCACUCUCCUCCAUGAGCUCGACGUCAGCAACAAUCGUCUCUCUGGCCGUUUCCCUGACGUCGUCCUCCGCCUCCCCUCUCUCCGUUACCUCGAUCUUCGUUUCAACGAGUUCGAGGGCGGCGUGCCGACCGAGCUCUUCGAACGUAACCUCGACGCCAUUUUCAUCAACCACAAUCGCUUCGCCUUUGAGAUCCCCGAUAACAUCGGCAACUCACCUGUUUCCGUCAUCGUCCUCGCCCACAACCGCUUUCAUGGAUGUCUGCCCGCAAGCCUCGGCAACAUGUCUAGGACACUCAACGAGAUCAUCCUCAUGGGCAACCGCCUAAACUCCUGCUUCCCCUCCGAGAUCGGCCUUCUUAAAAGCCUCACAGUGCUCGACCUCAGCUACAAUAACCUCGUCGGCUCACUCCCAGAGUCCGUCGGCGGAAUGUUCAGCCUCGAGCAGCUUGACGUCGCACACAAUCUAUUCUCCGGUUCUAUUCCGCCCUCAAUCUGCAGUCUUCCACGCCUGAAGAACUUCACCUAUUCGUACAAUUACUUCAGCGGAGAACUGCCGGAGGAGUGCUUCGCCCGGCAGUCCUCCUUCAAUGACCGGCGAAAUUGCCUUUUAGCACGGCCGAAGCAGAGAUCGGAGAGACAAUGCAGGUCUUUCUUCUCUCAUCCUCCAGCUGAAUGCUCUUUUUUCAGUUGUAAGCCUUUGGUGCCUCGGCUCCCUCCGCCACCUCCAUCACCGCCACCGCCAUCUCCUCCACCUCCAUCACCGCCCCCGCCAUCUCCUCCUCCUCCGUCCCCAACCCCACCAUAUCCUCCACCGCCACCUCCAUCACCCACACCGCCAUCACCGCCGCCUCCAUCUCCUCCACCGCCGUCUCCUCCGCCGCCGUCACCUCCGCCGCCGUCUCCUCCACCGCCGUCACCGCCCCCGCCGUCUCCUCCACCGCCGUCUCCUCCGCCGCCAUCUCCUCCACCACCGUCACCGCCCCCGCCAUCUCCUCCUCCGCCGUCCCCGCCGCCACCAUCACCCCCACCGCCAUCACCGCCGCCUCCAUCACCUCCACCGCCAUCACCGCCAUCACCGCCGCCUCCAUCACCCCCACCGCCAUCACCGCCGCCUCCAUCUCCUCCACCGCCGUCUCCUCCUCCGCCGCCAUCGCCUCCUUUACCUUCGCCACCACCGCCUCCAUAUUGCGUCCGAACUCCAUCGCCACCUCCGCCGCUAGUCUAUUGCUCAACAUCUCCACCUCCGCCCGUCUACUGCCCACGAGCUCCAUCGCCACUCGUCUACUGCUCUCAACCGCCACCUCCUCUCAAUUUCCCUCCACCACCAAGUCCUACCCUUACUCCAAUCUAUUCACCGCCUCCAUCUUUCACAUCCUAUCCGCCGCCUCCAUUGUACUCAUCUCCGCCGCCAUCCCCAUUGUACUUCCCACCUCCUCCACAGAACUCGCCUCCACCGCCACCUUCAUUAUACUCCCCAUCACCUCCAUCCUUCUACCCGCCUCAACUGAAUCCCCCUCUUUCGUUGUACUCGCCGCCGCCUCCACCGGGCUCACUGCCUCCUCCGCCUCCAUGCAUUAAUGAACCUCCGCCUCCGCCUCCGCCGCCACCUCCUUGCAUCGAACCCCCGCCCCCACCAUGCAUCGAACCCCCGCCCCCUCCAUGCAUCGAGCCAUCGGCAACAUCGCCCUCGGCAUUGCCAACACUCCCUGAACCGUCACCACAUCAAGACCCAUUUCCGGCCGUCGUCGGAAUCCCAUACACAUCACCUCCGCCGCCUUAUCAUCACCGCUAAUAUAUAUUUUUCCUCAGAUUUCCCCCCCUUCUCGCUCGUCCAUCACCAUCGAUCCUCAAGUAAAAUUAGAAUUUUCCCCUGUUUUCCUUUCUUUUCUUUUUCCCCUGUUGUCUUCUUGUAAUGUUACUCCCCAUCAUCAACGAUCUGUUUUUGGUUCCAUUUCGCCUUUCAUUCCUCAACACGCCAAACGCAAAAGACUGCUUCAAGGAGACGGACCAAUUAGACGUAAGCGAAGCAUGGGAAGAAGGAAACAGCGACGAUCGAGUGCUGCUUGUUAUAUAAUCCACGGCCCUAUUGCAUUAAUAUUCUGAAUUGUGAAUAAAUCAAUAAACGGAUCAAAAAAGGCAGAAAAAUGAAAGCUUUUAAUCAAGUCGCAGGGCAUCUUAAUACAUUCAUGUAUAACAAACACAACAUCAGAUUCCUUCAUCCAAGUAAACCAUCUGGCUUGCUAUCCUUAUUAAUUAUAUAUGCACACUCUUUAUUUCAU